CAGUGUUCAGACGAGAAGGCAUCACAUUCGCAACUGCAAUGCCUUGUUGGGACGCUCUUUUAGUGAUCUGCAGCUGCUUGAUCAUCGCAUGCGUAGCGAACCGCUACGACCCGUUUGAUCUGCAAGAAUGUCCGGGAGGUUUCUGUGCAAGGAAAGAUGAGUGCCCAUAUGGAAUAUACGACCAAGCAAAUGCGCAGACUAGCGGUAUUAUUGUGCUUCGAUUUCGUGAUAAUGUGUGCCGGCAUGGGAAAGUGUGCUGCAAAAAUCCAUGUCCCGGUGGAUAUUGCAUUGCGAAGCACCUAUGUCCUGACGGCACGUAUAUUGAUGAUCCAACACUUGCCCAGAGUACUCAGCUCGUUGGAUUGCGCGUGGGGCUUGACAUAGAUGAUAUCGACUCGUGCGCAGAUUAUUUACUAAAAUGUUGUGAUUAUCAAGCCACUGCAACAGUUAAUCCACUUGACAGUUGGAACAAGCCUGAAAUACUUCCGAAUAACAUUGAAUGCGGACAGUUUAACAAUGAUGGAUUGCACUAUCAACUGCAUCAUAAUGACUCCUUGGCACAGUAUGCCGAAUUCCCUUGGGUGGUUUACAUAAUGAGAGGUGAAAAACAAAAAUCAUCCCCGGCGCAUAGUAACUUUGUCUGUGGCGGUACUUUGAUUCAUCCUCGGUUUGUGGUAACAACGGCUCACAAUACGGAUGGCAAAUCGAAUUUGAUCGCACGUUUCGGCGAAUGGGACAUUAGCACCACAAACGAACCAUACCCACACAAGGAUAUCAGCGUCACGGAGAUCAUCAAACAUCCCGACUAUGUGCACAACCCCAUACAGAACGAUAUUGCACUGUUAAAGCUUGCGGAAAGCGUACAAUACCACAAGCAUAUUCAACCAAUAUGUCUGCCGCAACCUAAUGAUCAGUUCGUAGGCGAAAGUUGCAUCUCCAACGGCUGGGGCGAGCAGCGUGGAGUGUACGCGAACGUGAUGAAGAAAAUAACGCUUCCAGUUAUUGCCAAGAACAAGUGUACCCGUAUGCUGCGCUUUGCUGGGCUUGGACCAUUCUAUGAUCUCCGGGAUGGUUUCAUCUGUGCUGGUGGUGAAGCCGGUGUCGAUAUGUGCAAAGGCGACGGAGGAUCACCACUCGCGUGUGAAACUGACACGGGAUCUUUCGUACUUGCUGGGAUUGUUUCGUGGGGCAUAGGAUGCGGGGGGCAUAAUGCACCGGGUGUGUACGUUGCAGUGAACCAUUACGUAGAUUGGAUCAAUGAACAUCUUAUAGAUAUGGAUAUUGUUUUGUGAGCAGCUAGGCAGUCGUGUAGACGCUACGCAAUUGACGUAACACGUCAAGAUGUUGGGAGCGAGUGGUAAUGUGUGCGCUCAAAUAUAAGUGGUUGCAAUUGUAACCCCGGCGACCGUACAUCCGUGUAUUAAAGUGUCCGAAAUAUAACAGAUAUUAGGAUGUAAAACAUGAAAAUGAGCAGCUCCGUUAGGAAUAUAUAUUGGAAAGUAAAAGAUGCGCUGUGCAAUCUCGCUUCUCGUUCUCCAUGAUCUAUGACCUUGGGUAGAUUUCGUACCGGGAAAUUCACAACUUGGCUUAUCAAGAGAUGCUUUAAGAGGGUACGCUGUUUUACAAUAACAGUAAACAUGUACUGAACAGCUAUGUCGUCCAUGCUUUUAAAGCUGCCGCGAUCAGUCGAAUACAAUCGUCA